AUGCUAUCCAGCACUUCUGGGGAUCUGGCUGGACCUGGUGCAUCGCUACAUCUGAAAGUGCCGGUCAUCGCUCGAGAUUUGACGGUGUUCUAUGCAGUCGAACAGGGCAAUCUUCACUUUGUCAAGCAGGCACUCUCAGUGAGGCGAGCGUCACCGCAAACAAUAAGUGGUUCUGGUAAAACAUUGCUGCACUGGGCAGCUGGAAAGGCUGAAUGGGGGAUCUACGAAUUGCUCUGCAGUGUCGGUUUCGAUGAGGCCUGGGAAGACGAAGACCAAAUGUCACCACUGGACCACCUUCUACAACUAUGGCCUAAAUCCCCACGGCUGGCAGAGAGCAUUGGGAGUACAGUAGACACCACGCGUUUUACGUCCCUUCAUGAGGCGGUUGUAUUCCAGGCGAAUCGAAGCUCUUCCCUCACAGAAUUUAUGGAGCAUAAUUAUGCUGAUGUCAACGUUGGCGACAAAACAGGCAUGACGCCGUUACACUGGGCUACAAGAAGGGGCGAUCUGGCUGGAGUCAAUCUUCUCUUGAGCUGGAAAGCAGAUCCGAACAGACAGGACACUCGUGGCUGCACUGCGCUGCAUUAUGCCUGCCGCAAGAGAGUUCCCAUGAUUGCAAAGGCACUCCUUAAUGCAGGAAGCCAAGUCGGCAUGACUGACAACGACGGGAGGCCUCCUCAUUUCUCCCUGCAAGAUACCAAGGAUGAUAUGCUGGACACGCUUCUCAAACAUGGCGCAAACAUCAACCACUUCUCCCACUUAUGGGGCACUGCACUCCACUAUGCAGCGUUCAUGGGGAGAGCGGGAGUGUGUAGCUUGUUCGUGGAGAGAGGUCUUGAUAUCAACGCUAGCGCCCCCAAUGGAUGGAAGCCUAUUGAUCACGCGGUAUUUGAGAACAGUGUGGGAUGUGUUUCUGCACUUCUGAGUGCCGCAGAAUGGGCAAAGCGCUCGAUCGACUGGUCAGCGGGCCCAAAUGGUAGGAAUGUUCUGCACCACGCAGCGAUCUAUGCUGGGGUUGGCGUCUUUGACGUUCUUGCUGCUACAGAGCUUGUCGGUCUAGAUCCCCUGGCCGCAAACAAGAACGGUGAGCCCCCUGCAGUCAACUUCUGCAGACAUCGAGACGCGAAUUGUGCCAUUAUCCGAGACGAUCCUGCAACAGAGAAGGCGGCAUGGUGGAAUCUGAUGGAGUCAGCAUGCCGGCGCAACAAUGUGGAUCCUUUCGAUAUACCGGAGUACUGCGAGUACCGACGAGAGCUCAAAGCCUUGAACGGGAGCAAUGUUGAAAUUGGAGAAGGAGGUGGUGAUGGAGACGAAGAUGAUGACGAAGAGUUCGUGGACGCACCGACCAGCAUAGUAGAAGCAGAGGCAGUACAGUAG